UGGACGGAAAAAACUGAGAGACUGCACUGUCGACCGGACUCGACGCAUCCUUUAUUUAUCAUGCCAGGGACACAUUGCUUGCUGCGUUCGACCUGUUGCCAAGACCAACUGUCGGCAAUCUUUGGUGAAAAUUGAACGCAGCGUGUCUAAUCUCGAUCAAACGAACUCGAAGCUUCGUGUUGUCUUGGAAAUACGCAAAGUGGUGCCUAUCUAUUUAUAGAGUACUGGGUGACUAGAUUCUUCCUUACCUAGGUUAGUAUCUCGUGCCUUGCUUCCAGUGGCAACAAAGAUUUACCGUAAAGGGCAAAGUUGCGGAGACCAGUAACCAAGCGUAAUUUCACUUCUUGUGCAUGAACAGGGUAUCAUCCCGUCCUCGUCGGCCUCAGUAUUCUCCUCUCUUUCUAUCCACAGUUCUGAUCAAGGUUGGCGCUGGAGUUGGUGAGAUUUUGACGUUGACGUUCGGCCUCUCUUCGUUUACAUUCUCGUAUUGAUCGAGAUGCGCAGGAUUUUAGUGACCCCUCUUGUGGAACAUGCUGCAUAAUGUCAAUGUUUUGGGGAAACUUUUUUUGGUGGGCGAGAUAAGUUAUCUCGAGGAUUUUUGUGGGGUUAGAGAAGUGGUUGCAUUGCGAUGGAGUCGGAGUUUUAGUUGGUGGUGGUGAAAGGCGGGCGAGUGGAGUGUUGGAGUGGGUUGGAUCAUAGGGCGAGGAUUUGGGUUUUUGGAGGUUUCCGUAUGUGGUUGUUUUGAGAGGUUUUGAGGAUGAAAGAACCAGCUCCAGCGACAGAGGAUAUAGUCCUGAGCAGCAGGAAGAGGUUGAAACCACCAGGUAGCAAUAACGGGCAGCCGUCGAGACGACCGCGAGAGGAAGAAUUGGGGAAAGACGGAGUGGUGACUAUACCGCGUCUUUUGAAGACUCCUAACGUGAACCAUAAGUCGGAAAAUUAUGACGAUUUGGAGGACUUGGAAUAUCCGGCCGCAUUGUACAGUAGCAUGGAGCAGCAUUUGCCGUCCGGCUUCUUGAACGUCUCACGCGAAAAGAAAUUGGUGUUGUUGGAUAGGAUAUUGUCUAAGUAUCGUCCUAAUGGAGAGCGUGCGAAGAAACAUCGGGAGUACAGAGAAAGAAUAAGGCAUAAUUAUCAGCCACUACAUUUUGAACUCUACACGCUUGAUCCCGAGCGCUUUUUUGUGAACUCCUUCUUGGAAGCGGUGAAGGACGGGUCGGAGACUGCGCUGCGCCGCAUUCUGACCGAGCACUCUUCAGGGGUUUUUACUUUCAGCAUGUUGAAACCUUCUUUCUGCGUAAAAAUGUUGGAGGAAGUAGAGCAUUUUGAGAGAUGGGCACAAGAAGCAAGAGUGAAGGUCAUGCGUCCAAAUACUAUGAACAAUUACGGAGCUGUUCUCGAUGACAUUGGAAUGGAGUCCAUGUUGAAUCAUCUAAUGAUCCGCUACCUGAAACCCAUGGCUGCUGUGUUGUUUCUCAAUGUUGGUGGAUGUUCUUUGGACACUCACCAUGGUUUUGUUGUGGAGUAUGCAAUGGAUCGCGAUCUUGACCUUGGCUUUCAUGUUGAUGACUCUGAGGUGACACUAAAUGUCUGCCUUGGCAAGGAGUUUGAUGGAGGAGAGCUCUUCUUCCGUGGUGUUCGAUGUGACAAACAUGUGAAUGGCGAGGCACGGCCUGAGGAAGUAUUGGAAUACUCUCAUGUACCUGGUCACGCCAUCCUACAUGCUGGUCGUCACCGACAUGGUGCGAAGGCUAUUACCUCUGGUCAGCGUACAAACCUGAUUCUUUGGUGUCGCAGCUCUGAGUUCCGGGAGUUAAAGAAGUACCAGCGUGAUUUCUCUAGUUGGUGUGGAGAGUGCCUGUUGCGGAAGAAAGAAAGAGUUCGUCGACUUUCCAGUGCUAAACGGCAACUGGCAUCUUGAUCUCACCAUUAUUUUGCUGGGUACAUGAAAUCUUAUGUCAUAGUUUCUGUAAAUUAUGCCGGUAGCUGUGUGAGAUCUUUAAAUUACUUGCUCUUCUCAGAGGAGGUAUCAUAGUAGCAACUCUGCAUAAUCUAAAAUAGUCUGUACAGUGAUAAGUCUACUCGUCAGCCUCAUACACUUGAACACCACGGCAUAAUUCCUUUCGAAUAGCCAUUUCUUCUCUCUUUUUGUACGAAAUUGAUUUACAUCGUACAAUUUCUAGCUUCUUUGCCAACAGUUGACAGUGGACACCAGUUAUUUUUGUGUUCCAAAUUGAAUUGACGGUGAGAUUUUCUUUAAUUUUUACUUUAUAAGUAGGCUUUCAACUACGGACGCAAAUGUAAGUGACAUAACGUGGAAUUUGUUGGUCUUCAUCCUUAUAUUACAA